GCGGGAAACAGACAUCAGCUGGGUCACGUGAGAAUGGACACAUGAAGCAGGACACUAGGAAUGUUAUUGAAUAGCACGGAUAUAGUUUUAAGUUCAUAGUAUUUAAGAGUUAUAUCAGUCUAAGCAAAAAGAUACAACUUUAUAUUGGCGACGAGGAUAAAAACAAACUUGUUCAAAUGGCUACUAGUUUAUUCCAAGCGCCUCCUAUUGCUCCAUUCAACGUUGAAGACCCCAAUAAUAUUGGCAUUCGCUGGGAGCGAUGGACGAAGCGCCUCGAGACAUACAUCACCGCUACAGGGCUUACUGAGGACAAACAGAAACGUUCCUUGCUUUUAUUUUGUGCUGGAGAAGCUGUUCAUGAAAUAUUCGAUAAUCUCCCUGACUCAGAGGAAGCCAAAGACUACAAAACUGGUUUAAAACUUCUCACCGAUUAUUUUUCGCCGAAGAAAAAUAAAACAUUUGAAAUAUACAAAUUUCGCCAAGCUCAGCAACUGGAUAGCGAAAGCGUUGACAAGUUUUAUACCCGUCUCCGACAAUUAGCAUCUACGUGUGAAUUUACUAAUACUGAUGAUGAAAUUCGAUCUCAGAUAAUUCAACGAUGUUCAUCAAAGAAAUUACGAGAGAAUUCCCUGCGAGAUGACAACAUGACACUUGCAAAACUACUCGAACACGCUCGCGCUCUAGAAAAUUCAACAAAACAAGCUUUGGAUAUGGAAAAAGGCAUGGACAAUUCAACACAAGAGCUUGCUACCUUACGUAUAAACGAAGAUGAAAAUCGGCGAAAUGAGUCACACAACACAACACGUCAUGAUACUAGAAGUCGUUCUUCAUUCGACAACAAGUCGCCCGAGUUUUCUCGCCAAAACAACACUGAUCGCCGAAUCAACGACAACCGGUCCAUGUCGAAGUGCUAUAACUGUGGCAACUCUUGGCCGCAUGUUAAUGCACCUUGUCCAGCAAAAGGGAAACAGUGCAAUAAUUGUAAUCGUCUAGGACAUUUUGCCAAGGUUUGUCGUUCGACAAAACAAACAAAUUCUCGCCGUCGCGACAGAAAGCACGUCCGAAAUAUUGACUACCAACAACAACGUAGAUCAGAGACCUCAAGCUCUGAAUCUGAUGAAUAUCUUUACUCGGUGCAAAGCGAACAAACCGCACCAAGCAAGCCUACAAAAUCCGAAAACCCAGAAGUAAAUCGCGUGACAUUACCUCAAGCGAGGAUUCAAAUAAACAAUGUAAAUUCCCUGUUCAUGACUGACACUGGUGCUUCGAUCAAUGUUAUUGAUGAAAAUGCAUUUUCCAGGCUGCAGAAUAAUACCAAGCGUAAUUCAAUCAGACUAAAGAAGCCAAAAACCCAAGUUUAUGCAUAUGGUAGUACAACCCCAUUGUGGUAGUACAUAUGGUAGUACAACCCCCCACAAAGAGUACCAUGGUUCUCUCCUUAGCUACAAAACUGCACAAGAACUUGAUCUCAUCAGACUUGAUGUUAGCUCAAUCAACACAACAACCGAUGACUUGCAUUCAAAAGACCAAUCUACUUCACAGCGCUCUAAGUCAACUCCACCUUCCACGAAGUUCAAACCCAAAUGCUUGACAACCACCACCUCUGCCAAUACCCAUGUUCUCGUAAAACAGUAAGAACACCUCUUCCAGGGUGUUUGCAAGAUGCGUGGUGUUGAAAUAAAGCUCCACAUCGAUCCUAAUGUUCCACCUAUUGCACAACCAGAGAGAAGAAUCCCUUUCCACCUGAGAAACAAGGUUGCCGAAGAAUUAAAGCGACUUGAGGAAAAUGAUAUUAUCGAAGAUGCAACUGGCCCAACACCAUGAGUGAGCCCAAUCGUUGCUGCACUAAGACCGAAAAAUCCCAACGAAGUUCGUGUGUAUGUAGACAUGCGGCUUCCCAAUCGUGCCAUCCAUCGCGAACGACACCCUUCACCUACUGUUGAUGACAUCAUUCACUCACUUAAUGGUGCCAAAAAAUUCAGCAAGCUCGAUCUACGAUCUGGAUACCAUCAACUCGUCCUUGCGCCAGAAUCAAGACACAUCACAACCUUUGCUACUCACAAGGGACUAAAACGAUACAAGCGAUUAAAUUUUGGCACUUCAUCAGCUGCUGAAAUUUUUCAACACACCAUACAGCAUGCCCUUGAAGGAAUAAAUGGAGUUUUGAACAUUAGUGAUGACAUUAUCAUUUUUGGCAAAACAACAGCAGAACAUGAUAAAGCCCUGAAGGAAAUUUUUCAGCGCCUGAGCGACAAAGGACUAACUCUGAAUCCUGACAAGUGUGUCUUUGACAAGGAAAAUUUUGAUUUUUUUGGCUAUACGUUCGGUCCAGCUGGCAUGAAACCUGAUCCAAAAAAAGUCCUAGCAAUACAAGAUGCCACCCCACCAACCAACACAGCAGAACUGCGUAGUUUCCUCGGUACAGUUAACUAUGUCUCCCGUUUUAUCUAUGACUUCUCCACCAUCACAGCCCCACUUCGUGCUCUGACUCGCCACGGAACCAAAUGGCAAUGGACAAAACAACAUCAGCAUGCUUUUGACGAGUUAAAACGUCGCCUCACAACUAGUCCUACAAUGGCCUAUUUCGAUCCUGCCAAGGACACUGAGCUUGUUGUCGAUGCCAGCCCUGUGGGCCUGGGUGCCAUUUUAACCCAGAAAACUAGUGACAGUGGGACAAAUAUUGUGGCAUAUGCUAGUCGCUCUCUGUCGCCUGUCGAACAAAGAUAUUCACAAACUGAGCGUGAGGCUCUAGCCUGUGUAUGGGGAUGUGAAAAAUUCCAUCUUUAUGUAUAUGGUGCACCAUUCACACUGAUCACUGACCAUAAGCCACUCAUCCACAUCUUCAACAACCCGAAAGCGAAGCCUCCUGCUCGACUCGAACGUUGGAAUCUUAGAUUACAACCUUACAAUUUCACAGUUCGCUAUGAACCUGGCAAAACUAAUCCUGCCGACUACAUAUCUCGCCAUCCAUUACAAAACCAACCGUUGCGCGAGCGUAACAUUGCAGAAGAAUAUGUGUCACUUCUGACAACAUCCGCAGUUCCAAUUGCAAUGACACUAGCUGAAAUCCAGGAUGCCACAUUAAAGGAUCCAACACUACAAAAGCUUGCUGAAAUUAUUCGCUCCCAACAAUGGCACUCAGUCCUCGAUACAGAUCAUUCCUGUCCUAAUGACAAAGACAAGUACAAUUUAAGAGAUCUCAAAGCUUUCCACAAAAUUCGUCACGAGUUGACUGUUACUACAAACAAUGAUAUUAUCCUCAGAGGUUCUCGCAUUGUGAUGCCCACUACCCUGCGCCACUGAGCUCUUGAACUAGCCCAUGAAGGACAUCAAGGGCUUAUCAAGACAAAACGAUUACUUCGCGAAAAGAUAUGGUUCCCUCGCAUUGAUCAACAAGCAGGAGAAAUGAUAAAGCACUGCCUUCCUUGCCAAGCUGCAAAUCCUGAAAGCAAGUUAGAACCGCUUAAAAUGUCACCCCUACCAUUGGGCCCCUGGCAAAAUGUUGCUGCAGAUUUCUAUGGCCCACUCCCCACUGGACAAACCUUCAUGGUUGUUAUUGAUCAAUAUUCGCGUUUCGUAGAAGUUGAAAUCGUCUCCUCCACCUCUGCUGCAGCUGCUAUACCCAAACUUGACAAAAUUUUUGCAACCCACGGCAUCCCAGACCUGUUAAAAACCGACAACGGUCCACCAUUUACCAGCCACGCGUUCAAAGUCUUUGCCACAGAACUGGGUUUUAAACACCGGAAGAUCACACCGUUAUGGCCAAAGGCCAAUGCAGAGGCUGAACGUUUCAUGCGUACCCUGGGAAAAGCUAUUCGCACUGCACGAACUGAAAAAAAAAAUGGGAGAAAGAUUUUUCCACACCUCAUUCGAGCACAGGAAAAUCACCAGCCGAGUUACUGAUGGGUCGCCAGAUCAAAAUCAAACUCCCUGAAAUGCCCACCUUACACCCCACUCAACCUGCAAUCACCAAUAAGGAUUCUGCUGCUAAACGCAAGAUGAAAUACCAUGCAGACAAACGAAGUUAUGGUAAACCAAAUAAAUUCUCUGUUGGAGAUCUAGUUCUACCCAGACAGGAAAAGAAGAACAAAUUUACCACACCAUUCCGAGCUGAACCGUAUCGAAUCACCGAAAUAAACGGGUCCAUGAUCACAGCGACGUCAAAAGAUCAAACCAUCACUCGAAACUCGUCUCAUUUUAAACUUUUGCCCUCAGAUAUGGAAUUGUCCGAACCAAGCGCGCCAAAAGAAAGAGAUGAGGGAGGAGAACAGGAGAGAGAAAAAGAAAAUUCCGAACUGAAUGACCAAGCAGUCAACAUGAACAGUCAUCGAUAUCCUGUUAACGCCUAUGAUUGUUAA